AUGGAACCCAAUAUGAAAUAGUAUCUUUGUACAUAUAUAUAUACCCCCAGCCGAGGGAGCUGCAGAAGAAGUAGGAGAGCAUUUCGAAGUUAUAUAUAAAUGGCGGAAAUUUUUGGUACCGAUAGUAGUAUACUUAAGAAGAAGAAUGGAGGUUUUAGGGUUUCAAUGUGUGGCGAUGCUCAAGAACUCGAACAGAUGUCCAGAGACGGCAGCCACUACAGUCUAACCACCGGAAUUUUACCAUCUCUUGGUGCCCGCAGUAACCGUCGUGUCAAGCUUCGGAGGUCCAUCAUCUCCCCUCACGAUCGCCGCUACAGGGCAUGGGAGGUGUUUCUAGUAGCUUUGGUGCUCUAUACAGCUUGGGUGUCUCCAUUUGAAUUCGGUUUUCUUGAAAGACCAGAGAGACCACUCUCAAUCAUUGAUAACAUUGUCAAUGGGUUCUUUGCCGUUGAUAUUAUCCUCACCUUCUUCGUAGCUUACCUAGAUAAAAAGACCUAUCUUUUAGUGGACAACCCAAAGAAGAUUGCUUGGAGAUAUACAAAAACUUGGUUGGUAUUUGACAUUGUUUCUACAAUUCCUUCUGAACUAGCCCGGAAGAUAUCCACUCGAUCCUUUCAAUCCUAUGGACUCUUCAACAUGUUUAGACUAUGGCGUCUGCGCAGGGUUAGUGCCAUGUUUGCCAGAUUGGAGAAAGAUAGGCACUUCAACUACUUUUGGGUUCGAUGUGCCAAGCUUAUAUUUGUUACCCUCUUUGCGGUACACUGUGCUGGGUGUUUCUACUAUUAUCUUGCUGCUAAUUAUCCUAAUCCGGGUAGGACUUGGAUAGGGUACGAUAACGAGGACUUCAAGGAUCAGAGCUUGGGGAUCCGUUACGUGACAUCCAUGUACUGGUCGAUCACAACUCUUACCACUGUUGGUUAUGGUGAUUUGCAUGCUCAGAAUAGAAGGGAGAUGAUAUUUGUCAUAUGCUACAUGCUUUUCAACCUUGGAUUGACAUCAUACCUCAUAGGAAAUAUGACCAACUUGGUUGUCCAUGGUACCAGCAAAACUAGGCAAUUUAGGGACUCCAUUCAGGCAGCCUCAAGUUUUGCACAUAGGAAUCAGUUGCCCAAUCGGUUGCAAGAUCAGAUGCUUGCACAUUUGUGCCUCAAGUAUAGAACCAACUCAGAGGGACUUCAACAACAAGAGACUCUUGAUUCCCUUCCCAAAGCCAUCCGGUCGAGCAUUUCUCAUUUCCUUUUUUAUAAUCUCCUAGAUAACGCCUACUUGUUUCGAGGUGUGUCCAAGGACUUGCUCUUUCAGCUGGUUUCGGAAAUGAAAGCUGAAUAUUUUCCUCCAAAGGAAGAUGUUAUUUUGGAGAAUGAAGCCCCGACAGAUUUCUACAUACUUGUUACAGGAGCAGUGGAACUUCUGGUUUCCAAAAAUGGAGUUGAACAGGUUGUAGGUGAAGCAAGACCUGGUGACCUCUGUGGUGAAAUUGGGGUUCUUUGUUAUAAACCUCAACUUUUCACAGUUCGCACCAAAAGAUUAAGCCAGUUAUUAAGGUUAAACCGUACCUCAUUCAUGAACAUUGUUCAAGCCAACGUUGGUGACGGGACUGUUAUUAUGAACAAUCUCCUCCAGCAUCUGAAAGACGUACAUGAUCCAAUUAUGGAAGGAGUGUUGGUGGAGACUGAGAACAUGUUGGCUCGUGGUAGGAUGGACUUGCCCCUAAGCCUAUGCUUUGCUGCACUUAGAGGAGACGACCUGUUGUUGCACAAAUUGUUAAAGAGAGGUCUUGAUCCAAAUGAAUCGGACAACAAUGGGAGGACCGCUUUGCACAUAGCUGCCUCCAAAGGAAAUGAGAACUGUGUGCUUUUGUUGCUAGAUUAUGGAGCAGAUCCCAAUUGCGCAGAUUCAGAAGGGAUGGUUCCAUUGUGGGAGGCUAUAACGGGUAACCAUGAAAGGGUGAUAGGACUGUUGGCAGAAAACGGUGCCAAACUAUCCUCAGCAGACGUAGGGAAGCUCUCUUGCUUUGCCGCUGAGCAAAACAACUUCGAUUGGCUCAAGAAAAUCAUCCGUCAUGGAGGAGAUAUCACCCGUGCCAGAGAUGAUGGAUACACAGCCCUUCACGUUGCUGUCUGUGAAGGGAACACCGAGAUGGUGAAGUUUCUAUUAGGUCAAGGAGCCAACAUUGACCAACAAGAUAAUCAUGGUUGGUCCCCCCGAGACUUGGCUGACCAACAAGGCCACGAAGAUAUAAAAGCCCUCUUCCAGUCCGUACAGCUCCCAGAUGACCAUCUGUUGACCAAACCAGAACCACUUGUCACGAUCCCCGAGGAAAGGCGGCCCCGUCUUUCUCUAAGCAUGAAGUUUCUUGGAAGGUUUAAAAGUGAGCCGGUAAUGCCUCGGUCUGCUCCUCAAGACUCAGAGGACGUGUCUUGGGGUCGAUCACGUCCGAGACGAAGAGGUGACAAUUUCCAUAAUUCUCUUUUUGGGAUAAUGUCGAAUGUCCGAGAGGGUGACAACAGUAUAGACUUGGUGUCACCUAGGCCUAAAAGUAUGAUUGGAGCUGGGGUAAGAGAAAACUCGGGUAGGGUGGUAGUAAGUUGCCCGGAAAAAGGGGAUGUUGCGGGUAAACUGGUGGUGAUGCCGAAAAGCUUUGAGGAAUUGCUUGAGAUAGGUGUAAAAAAGUAUGGUUUUCUAGCAUCUAGGGUUGUAAACAAAGAGGGGGCAGAAGUAGAUGGAAUAGAGGUAGUUAGGGAUGGUGAUCAUUUGGUAUUCGUGAGUGAUGCAAGUGAGGAAUCAGACCAGAAAGAUGGUGGUGAUGCAAAUCUAAGAUAACACACGUACGUGCGCACACACACACACAAUCUCCAAUCUCCGUAUUUUUUCAAUUUUUUGGUUUUUGCUACAAUGCAAGUAAGCAGAUUGAGUUGUAACUUCCUUUACCUGUUAAUAUAAUGGUUAUUUAGAGGA